AUGUUGCUGGGUGCGGACGCAGUUGGCGUUGCUAAUGAGACGAAGAUGGAGGCGGUGCCGGGGCAACAAGGUGGAGCAGCAGAAUGUGAUCUAGCAUCUUGCAAAAUUUGUGGACGAACGUUUUUACCAGCAGUGCGGUUAAAGCAUGAGCCCAUCUGCCAAAAAAAUGUUAAUAAGAAAAGGAAAACCUUUGAUUCCAGUAGGCAGCGAGCUGAAGGAACUGACAUUCCCACCUUAAAACCGCUGAAACCCAAGCCUGAGCCUCCCAAAAAACCCUCAAACUGGAGAUUAAAACAUGAAAAUUUUAUUGCCACCAUCAGAGCAGCUAAAAAGAUGAGUAAAACCAUGAAUGAUGGAGGUUCCCUUCCACCACCACCUCCACCUUUAUAUGAUCCAGAUUAUAUCCAGUGCCCAUACUGUCAGAGAAGAUUUAAUGAGAAUGCUGCAGACAGACACAUUUCUUUCUGCAAAGAACAAGCUGCUCGCAUUACCAAGCCUAAAUAUGCUGCAAGCAAAGGGAAACAAAGCACUCCAACUCAGCAUCGGUCUCCAGUGCUUAAGAAGACUAAUUCACCAGUCUCAACACCUGGUGCAUCAACAAGGAUUCCCCAGCCUUCUGUUGGUGGGAAAAGUGGACUUUCUACCACCAAAAGUAACCUAACAGCAGCCUAUGAAAAUAAACUUCGAGAUGGAUCACCUGCAAAACGGAGUUCAUCUGGUGUUGGUAACGUGGCUGGAGCAUUAACUCAACCAACUGGGGGUUUACCCAGUAACAUCAGAUCUCGAACACAAACACUACCAAGUGGAAUGAGGAAUGUUGCUGGAACAAGCUCAGUGAACAAAAAGACCUACAAUGCUGAAAAUUACAUAAGGAAUAAUGUGAAAUCCAGUUCAGACACCAGGGAUAAUUCCCUAAAUGUCAAUGAUGGAAUCAUGAAAGCCAGUGUUCGAAGUUCAGCUGGACAGCAAUUGCCAAGAUUUUGUCAUGAAUGUGGAACCAAGUAUCCUAUCGAGUGCGCAAAGUUCUGUUGCGAAUGUGGAGUGAGAAGGAUGACCCUUUGAUCAUGCAGAAUAAUUACAUUCAAGGAAAACAUGCUGAUGCAAUUUUCAAAGCUCAUCACUCCUAAGCUUUGCACUGCUCAAUGAUACACUACCAGAUUUAAGCAAUUGUUGUGAACAUUUACAUAAAUGUAUCGUGUAAUGGCAAAGUACUUUAAUCUCUGAAUUCUGUGCUGUGCAAAGUAGAAAAUGUGAAAUAGUAAGAAUCACUGAUUUGGAUAUGAAUCCUUAAUUUCUGUGUUGUUUACAAAAGGCAAUCAGAUUAUAGCAGAGCUCUUGAAUUUCUUUUCACUUGACUGCACUAGAAUUGCGGUCAGACUGGUGCCUUCACCAUGAAUCUUAAGGUGGGAGAAGAAUAGCAUGUAGUCAGUGGGUGUUCACUGUGUUUUAUAGAGAAGGUUUCCCUAGUCAGGUAAAAGAACAUUCAACAUAUUUUGUGUCGAGUAAUCUGCAUAAUAAUAGUUAAGUGAAGAAAUUAAACAAUUUAGUUGGGGUGGGAAGGAAGAAAACUUACCCUUGCUUUUACUUGUGGCUCAGUGUUGAGUUGUCAUCCAAAUAUAAUAACAAACCUGCCACUCAUGAAAUACAUUAUAAAUUAGGCAAACCGAAUGGAAACAUUCUGGGUUGAAUAAUAAUACAAUUAAAGCUAAACAUAUGAUAUGCUGAACAUACCAGCUCACAAGAGUUAGAUAAAAGUUGUGAGCUUGCUGAGCAGUUAUGUGUAAAAUCAAGUGAAAGCUUUAUCUCAUUUAUCUAUUCGUUAAUUUAAACCGACGAGUCACAUUACUGUACCAAAUGAUUUAAAAAACAGCAGAUUAUGCAAAUACAAAAUAACCGGAGUUUGAAGUGUUUGUGGAUGUUUUCAGUAUAAAACAUAUUAUGUUAGUGAUUGUAUAUAGCUGUUAGGCUGAUACACUACAAAAUGAUGAAAUGUUUGUUUAU